AUGGAAGCAUACCCCGUGAGUUUGGUGCUGGUCGUAAAGGAUAAUUAUUUCAGAGGCAGUAUUCCUUCAGAAAUUGGCAACCUGAAACACCUUCAGAUGCUCGACCUUUCAUCAAAUCAGAUAUCAGGGUUUAUUCUAAACAACAUUCUAUAUUUAGAAGCAAUGACCUUAACAUAUAAAAAAUUUAAUAUGAAUGUGAAGGGUAUAGAUCUCUCAAACAAUCAUUUGAAUGGAGAGCUUCCUUCUGAUUUUGGCAAGCUUAAAGGUUUGCAGUUUCUUAAUCUGUCCAAUAACAAUAUCAGCGGUACUAUUCCAAGUACUUUGUGGGAAAUAAGUAAGCUAGCAGUGCUGGACCUUUCUUCAAACGGCAUUUCUGGAAAUAUCCCUUUGGAGCUUGAAUCUCUACGCUACUUGAGAUCUUUAAAUUUGUCCAACAACCACCUAUCGGGAAGCAUACCGCAAGGAGUAUAG